AUGGAAACCGCGGCGGCCGUUUCUGAGACCAGCGCCGGGCUGGUGGAAAAUACCGUCAAUGAUCUGGAUAAGCAAAUCCAAACAUUGAUGAACUGCGAAAUCAUAUCUGAAGCUGAAGUCAAAUCUCUGUGCGCAAAAGCCAAAGAAAUUCUGAUCCAAGAGGGAAAUGUGCAAGUCAUCGAUAGUCCCGUUACGGUCGGCGGUCAGCUGCCAUAUACGAAUUAUUUAUUCCUGGGCGAUUUUGUGGAUCGUGGUCAUUAUUCCGUGGAGACAUUUUUGCUCCUGCUUGCUUUAAAGGUCCGAUACCCCGAUCGAAUGAUGCUAAUUCGAGGGAACCACGAGAGUAGGCAAAUCACACAGGUCUAUGGAUUCUACGACGAAUGCGUCAGAAAAUACGGUAGUCCGACGGUCUGGAAGUGUUGUACUGAUGUGUUUGAUUGUCUGUCAUUGUCGGCGGUCAUUGCCGGAAAGGUCUUCUGUGUUCAUGGCGGUCUCUCACCCUCAAUCCAAACUCUCGAUGAAAUUCGAGCUAUCGAAAGAAAACAAGAAGUACCUCACGAUGGUGCUAUGUGUGACCUCCUCUGGUCUGACCCUGAAGAUGCAAUGGGUUGGGGAAUGAGCCCUCGAGGUGCUGGCUACCUCUUCGGAUCCGACGUCGUCAAGAUGUUCUGCGAAAAUAAUGGAGUUGAUCUCAUUUGCAGAGCACAUCAAUUGGUUAUGGAGGGAUAUAAGUGGCACUUUAAUGAAACUGUCCUCACCGUCUGGUCAGCCCCCAACUACUGUUACCGCUGCGGUAACGUCGCAGCAAUCCUGGAACUCGACGAAGACAUCAACAAAGAAUUCUCCAUCUUCGAGGCCGCCCCGCAGGUGGGUAGUGAAAACCGUGGAGCCCCCGCGAAAAAGCCGUUGCCAGACUACUUCUUG